CACCAGAAGAUAUAAAAUCUGUUGAUGAAAUUUCUGGCUCAUCUGGAGAGGUUUUUAAAAACAUUAAUCAAUUCCCGGCAGAUCGUUAUUACGUAACGAGUGUCGAAUGGGCACGCAAAAUACUCGGUGGGGAAGCACGCGUUAAUAAUAGAGAAAUAUGGGCUGAACUUCCAGCACCAAAUAUUUCAUUCCCACAAAAUAUUUCAAAGUUAUUGGUAUUGGAUCAUGUAAUUGAUGCUGUAAAUGUGGGAAUGCUAAUUCGUGCUGCUAAUGCCUUGCGUUGGGAUGCCAGCUUUUUUAUAGCUGGUACCAUUGAUCUUUUUGAUGAACAAGUAAUUCGAACAUCUCGCUGUACAUCUGUAACGUGGCCGUCAAAAACUGGAUUUUGGCAUGACUUGUACGCACUGACAAAGGAACAUGAUUUAACAUUGGUCAUAGCAGACACUAUGCCACAAAAUAAAUUGAUCCAAAGUCAGAACAAUAUCUGUUUUUGGAAUCCGACCACACAAGAAAUUUAUAAUGAGAUACCAUCUUCGCGUAUUGCACUUGUGUUAGGCAGUAAGAUGCACGGUGUUACUUAUCGGGAUGCAGGUCAAGAUAUUAUACGUGUAUCGAUUCCUAUGUUAAAUAAUGUAAAUUCGUUGAAUGUCGCGAUGGCUGGAAACAUACUUAUGCACGAAAUAAAUCGUCUAAUGAAUACUAAUAAAAAAUGUAUUGAAAAUAAAACAUAA